GAUGUCAUGUCAUAUGAUUUUGCUGUGGGGGAGUAUCGAGUAAACACAACACAAUUGUUCGUGAGAAAAUUCCGAAAAUCAGUGGACAUUUCCUCCCACUAUGGAGUAAUUAGGUUAAUAAUUCAUUAGCCAUGGAAAAUCGAAGCUGCAACAAUUUUAUCAGCUAUGUGGGAUUCGAGGAGCACGAGAUGCAGAACAUUCAGAUGAGGAGGGAUUCCUUGGGUGAUAAUAAAAUUAAACUUCUUCCGGGUGAAGUGUUGAUUGCUGAGGCCCAAAAUGUCCUGAUGUUCUCCCCAGUGGGGGACCUAAAGCAGGGAAUAUCUGGGACCCUCUCUGUCACAAAUUUCAAGUUAACUUUCAUCACCAGUGAUGAUCCCAAUGGGGAGGAGAUCAAUCGCCAACAGAAUCAUCUCUACGGUUACACAGACUCCUGUUUAUCGAAUAUUGAUGAGAUCUAUCUGAUCACUGGUGAUAAGAAGAGAAAAUUGGUGCCUGGGAGUACAAUACCAUCUAAGAUCAAAGGAAUUUUUAUUGUCUGUAAGAAUUUUCGUACGUGGUCGUUCUCCUUUAAAUUCUCACCAGUGGGUCAUGGCAAGAGUCUCCUUGCAACACUCCUCCAUCAUGCAUUCCCCAGCAGACACCAAUUGCUCUUUGCUUAUGAUUUUACUGAGGUGUAUUACAGCAGUAUUGAUAAGAACGUCAAGUUCUUCAGGGAUUUGACUGACUGGAGGGUCGAGUUUGAUCGCACUGCUCAGGGAAAUGACCUCUUGAGAAGAAGUUGGAGAUUGUCUUCUGCUAAUGUCGCUUUCCAGAUGUCACCGAGUUUGCCUCAGUACAUAAUCGUUCCAGUAUCAGUAACAGAUAGUCAAUUAACUGUAGCUGCCGCCCACUUUCAAGACGGUCGUCCGCCGGUCUGGUCGUGGUCCAACAGUCGUGGAGCUGCCCUUGUAAAAAUGUCUGAAUUGAUGCCAACCAUCACCGAGAGGACCCAGGAGAAUAUAAUGCUGGAGAACAUCCGCAAGAGUCAUCCCCAGAAAUUAGCGAUGGCUGUACUGGAGUUGAAUAAGGACAUAACGGUUAAAUCUAUUGCCAGUAGUUUUACUAAAUUAGUCGGACUGUGUUCACCAGAGAAUAUUCGACAGUUCUGGACGCAGGAUAAUAAUUUCUACUCGUUACUCGAAAACUCGAAGUGGUUGAAAUGUAUUUCCUAUUGUCUGCAAAAGUCAGUAGAAGCCAGCGACCACCUGAAUUCGGGGACAUCAGUGAUAUUACAAGAGGGAUCUGGCAGAGACUUAUGCUGUGUCAUAUCCAGUUUAGUUCAAUUAAUAUCAGACCCAUAUUUUCGAACGAUAUCUGGAUUCCAAACCCUCAUUCAGAAAGAGUGGGUGGCAGCAGGUCACCCCUUUUGUGAUCGUCUGGGACACAUAGUGAAAUUAAACAGUGAAAAAUCACCAAUUUUUCUCGUCUAUCUCGACUGCGUCUGGCAAUUGACACAACAAUUCCCCUCCAAGUUCGAAUUCACGGAGACGUACAUCACUACACUGUGGGAUGCUGCACAUGUGUCUGUUUUCGAUACAUUCAUUUUUAAUUGCGAGAAGGAUCGAGUUUUUGCUGCCACGGAUCCCAACAGUCCUCUGGUGCUGCGCAGCGCCUGGGAUUGGAGAGAGCAAUUCACAGAUCAAGACAUUCUACUCUUCCACAAUCCACUGUACUCCAAAGAGCCCGAUAAAAAUCCCCUAAAGCCUCAACACAGUAUUUCGUGCCUUGAACUCUGGUCCCAGUGUUACUUUCGAUGGAUUCCACCCCUGGAAAUUCACAACGGUGGAAAAAAUCACGUGGAACUGUUCUCUCGUCUGUUGCAAAAUGACAUUAAUCAACUGAGAGUCACCACCAACGAUGGCUGCACCUCACCAGUCGACAAAGUGACGACAUACCUCGUGCAGAUGAACAUUGACAGCUUCUACCCAUUUGGCAAUAAAAAAUCAGGGAAUACUGUGAGCACUCCUAUCAUGAACAGCUCUGCGAUAAUGUCUGAGAGUCUCAUGGACGCUCAAUCCCUCCUCACAGCUCCUGAUUGAUAACCAAGUGAUAACUCGUGACUCCGCUAACGACGAAAAUAUUGAGUAGAAAAAAGUGCGUGUGCAAGUGGCAGCUAUAUUCUUGCAAGGGGCUAAGAUUCCAUUGGACAAUGGAAAAUCACAGAUGGAAAAGGAGAAUAUUCCCGACUUGCUAUUCCAUCGUAAGAUUCCCAUUGAAAUGCAAUACCACAAGCUGAAAUUUAUUUUUUAUUUUUAUGUUCAUUGUGAUUCAAGCACCAGUAGCUAGAACAACCUUUUGUAAUAACUAGAAAUUAAAAAAAUAUGUAUGAAAAUUUCGUAUUGUGCACCACUUGUAUAAAGUAUUUUGUGUCUAGA